AUGGAGGGAGGAUUCCACGAAGGUGGCUUUACGCCACUGCGGCCGCUGGGACAUGCCGAAAAAUAUUCAACAACGCGGAGCUCCUUGGCGAUUUAUCUCAACGUGGGUCUGACAGCUCUCUAUAAGCGACCAGACGGAGUCCCCGUGAAACCGGCCCUCUUGCACGCUCUCUCGACGCUCAUCUCGAAGCACCCUAUUCUUUCGGCCAUUCCAGUUGCUACUGAUACACCAAAUCCGUAUUUUGUCCGUCUUCCUAAGAUUAUACUAAAUGAGGUUGUGACUUUUAUAAAGCACGAUGUGACUUCCCCGAGCUCGGAUUGGAGCGAAACACUCGACAAGGUCCUUGAGGAGGAACACAAUCACCCCUUUGAGGUCAAGCCAAACACGACCCUUCCAUUCUGGAGAUUCUGCGUCCUAGAGAGCAGCAAUUGCCCUGAAAGCUUUGGCCUUGUGUUCAUGUUUCACCAUUCACUUAUGGAUACCAAGAGCGCUCUAUCAUUACACGACGAACUGGAAGGCUACAUGGCUCAAUACUCCGGUCCUGUGCCAAGCGAUACAGUUUAUAGUCCUUCUCUUGACCUUAUCCCUUCGCUAGAGGACUUGUACGGACUCCCCGUUUCCCAGAAAUUCUUGCAAUCCCAAGAAAGCUAUACCGAGCCAUCUCCCGAUAGCUGGACGGGUGCUGUCCAGUUCAGACCUGUGAAGACUCGUUUUGCUUCUUUAUGGCUAUCUGAAGUUGAGACAAAAGGCCUCAUUGCACGGAGCAAGAAAGAGCGAACCUCUGUCACGGCCGCGCUUCAAGCACUCAUCGCGACCUGCAUCUUUUCUGUUCUUCCGUCAACGUAUAAUACACUACAGGGUGACUGUGCAGUAUCACUACGACAGUUUCUCCCAGAGCCAGUCACUGCGAGCACUUUGGGUUGCUAUGUUGGAUCCACAUCCACAACGUACCACAGAAAAUCAUCUUUUGAUUGGGGUGAGGCUCGCCGUACCAAGGUGGAUAUUGAAAAUGCUAUGGCACAGAAAGGAAGCGACAUGUCCGUUGGAUACUUGGCAUUCAUUCCAAACCAGCAUCAGUGGAUGCUACAAAAGCUUGGUCGGAAAAGAAUGAGCGCCUUUGAAUUAUCCAACAUUGGGUCGAGUUUCUCUUCGCGAGAAGCAUCGAAGUUCCAAUGCGAGGGUAUGUUGUUCAGUCAGAGCUCUAGUGCUUGCAGUGGCGCGAUGAAGGUCAGUGCUGUGACAGGGCGGGAUGGAAAAUUGGCGUUAGGCUUCACCUGGCAACAAGGGGCUGUAGAAGCCGACAUGGUUGAAGGGAUCAAAAGGGCUCUCAAGGGUGAGAUAGAAAGAUUAGCAGUGUCUGCUUAG